AAUAUAAUGAACAAAAUUGGUCCAAGUUCAUCCAAAUCUCAAUUCCUCAAAAAUCAUUCACCACAACCACAGCCACAACAAUACUCCAAAAAACUCUUUUCUUGUAUACCUUUUUUCUCAAAAUUCAUUACAAAACUCCCUUUUUGAUUUUCUCAAGAAAAUCCAAGUUGUUAGCUUUUUGAGAAAAACCCAUCUUUUGGUUUAAGUGAGAGAUGCUGCACUUGUUCUUUGCAGUGGCGUUUUCUGCAGUGCCUUUGACACUGUAUAUACCUCCGAUGAGAAGCUUGAAUCUUUUUGUGGAAACUAUGGAGGAUCUUUGUAGGGAAUCAAGUGUUUAUACAGGAAGGAUGUACCCAAGGCUACGACAUGCUUGGGCUAGGUUCUUGAAUUGUAUGUUUUGUGUCACUACAAGGUAGAUUAUUCAAGAUUCACUAAACUUGAAGCCCUCUGUAAAUAAUAUGUUUUGGUUUAAGAGUUUUUUUUUCAAUUUCAAGUUUCAGCCUAGGAUAACUCUGGGUUUGUUCUCUCUGCAAGACCUUUUUUUUUGUUUCAGAGAUUUGAUGGUUCAUGUUAAAUCAAAGUGCAUUAAUAAAAAAGGGUUAUUAUAGGUUGCAA